AUGUACAGCUUGUCGGCCUGCCUACUUGGCUUAGCCAUUAUAGCAUGUACCCAUGCAUUGAGUCUUGAAAAGAGAGACAAUCCGGCAGUUCUCGCGAUGCCAAUGGUACACGGCAGUUCGCGUCAGCUCUCUAAGCGAUCAGAGACUGCCAGUAUCAAUCUUGCCCACGAGAAGGAUGAUUACACCGCCUAUGUCGCAAAUAUGACUUUUGGCACCCCACCCCAACAUUUCUUAGCUUAUGUUGGAACUUGGGGUAAUGGCUGUUGGCUUGAGAGCGUCAAUAUCUCUGAUUGCGAUAUAUUUGUUGACAAGUCCAGUUGUGGUGGAUAUGGAGCAUACAACGUGACUGCUUCAACCACUGCAAGAGAUCUCGACGAGAAAUUCGUGUAUAAUGAUACUGAAUUAAUGGGAAAGGGGGGCUUCGUGACAGAUAUUCUGACCAUUGGUGGGAUUACAUUGGAUACUAUGAAAAUGGGGAUCGUGGACGAAUCCACCGACUACGCUGACAAUACCUUGAGUCUUGGAUACGGAAAUUCGUCUUCUAUCUCCCUGACCCAGGCAUUAGUUGACGCCGGUACCAUCAACUCUCCAGCUUUCAGUCUUUGGGACCAAACAGCUCUGUUUGGCGGUGUCAACAAGGCCAAAUACAACGGCUCUCUCUACACCUUCCCCAUAGUCAACGGAUCAGACCUUGAAAAAGCUUUUCGUAUCAAUUUAGACGGAAUCUCUAUCAACAAAACAACAUCCUUAGACUCGAAAGACUUUCCACUCGACGCUGUAUUUGACACUUCCGUUUAUAUGUCCUACGUGCCCAAAUCCGUGGCUCAGGCCAUUUAUGCCCAAGUUGGCAACACAUCCGUUCCAGAUGAUGUAUUCGGGCAGGUCAACUUCUCGUGCAGUGCAAUAAAUUGGAACACGACAAUCGAUUUCAAAUUCGGGGAAUUGCAGCUCCAAUUCUACCUCACCGAUUUCAUGUCCGGUUUCUCUGAUUCCACUUUUUUUGAUGUGUAUGAGCCAGAGGGUGAUUGUUAUUUCACUAUCCUCGAGAACACCCUUCUUCAAUAUGAGGGGAGCGUGGUCUUGGGUUCCAACUUUAUCAGCUUAGUUUAUGCAGUCUUUGAUCUUGAGAACGAUGAAGUCUCAUUAGCGAAGCGUUCCUGGGACCAUGCCCCAGACGAUAUCGUGGAAAUCACAUCGGCUAAGAGUGAUACAUCGGUCAAGAAUGAUGCGAAGAAGAACUCAGGUGCGUGCCUCCAAAAAGGCUUAUCGGUAAGCACCUUGAUAUUGAGUGCUACUAUGCUUAUCCUGGCUUUGUAA